AUGAUAUGCGAAGAGGCAUAUCAGUAUCAACAACUCCAUGAUCACAUGAUGAUGAUGGACUUGAGCCCGUCACCACUAUCAUCAACCAUAUCACCAUCGUCAUCACCAAUGUCACCAUCAAACAAUACUGACAGCAAUGAGGAAGAGAGACUAGAGGAUGUGAAUUUGAGUGGCAUGUCACUUCAAUCGCUUCCAAAUCCUUCCCUCAAUUUGGGAAUCAUUUGCAAGCUUGAUCUCUCCAACAAUCAUAUCGAGAAAAUACCAGAAUCUCUAACAGCGAGAUUACUGAACUUGGUAGCGUUAGAUAUUCACUCAAACCAGAUCAAAGCUCUUCCAAACUCCAUUGGCUGUCUCUCUAAGCUCAAGAUCCUUAAUGUCUCUGGCAACUUUCUCGUUUACCUCCCCAAAACUAUUCAAAAUUGCAGGUCACUAGAAGAACUAAACGCAAACUUCAACGAGCUGGUUAGAUUACCAGACUCCAUCGGGUUAGAACUAACCAACCUGAGGAAGCUAUGCGUCAACUCCAACAAGCUCAUCAGCCUACCAACCUCCAUCACCUACCUCACUUCCCUCCGUGUCCUAGACGCUCGUCUCAACUGCCUCAUGAUCCUCCCUGACGACCUCGAGAACCUCAUCAACCUCGAGAUCCUCAACGUCAGUCAGAACUUCCAGUACCUCACCGCACUCCCAUCUUCCAUCGGUCUCCUCAUGAACCUCCUCGAGCUAGACAUCAGCUACAACAAGAUCACGGUCUUGCCUGAGUCCAUCGGAUGCAUGAGGCGGCUGAGGAAGCUGAGCGCGGAGGGAAACCCGAUCGUGUCACCACCUAUAGAGGUCGUGGAGCAGAGCUUGCAGGCGGUGAGAGAGUAUCUGAGCCAGAAGAUGAACGGUAGACUUGUGAACACAUCGCCGAAGAAGAAGUCGUGGGGUUUCCGUAAACUGGUUAAGUAUGGAACAUUCAAUGGGAGAUCAAGGGCUUGGACUAGGGAAGAGAGAGAAGGUCUCAUCAUGCCUGAGUACCGUCCCAUUGAUAUCUUAGCUUCCAACAGGUUCCCUGGUAUCUCACCUCGGUCUAUCUUCUCUCCAAGAACAUAUUUCAGCAGAUAAUAAUAACGAACAUUCAUUCUAUCUAUCAACCAUUUACUUAAGUCAUCACUAAAUGUAUAAAAGAGUAUGUAUAUAAA